AUGCCACCAACUAUCAAUGAAAACGAAAACUCAUUUGACUCAUUGCAAGGUAAGAAAUGCCAGAACAUAUCCUAUUUAUGAAAUAGGAGGCAUGAAGCUAUAUAGGUGGAUUUACUUGUGGAGGGGGGGGGAGGGGGCGGGAGAGGGACGUGCACACCUCUCCUAGUCUUGCAAAAAAGUAUCCAUGUCAAAGUCAAAUAGUGAAUUUGGCAGGGCAUUUUUCAAACAAAACCACAAGAUUUGGCUAUUAGGGGCCAAGCAAUUCUAUAUUAAAUUCUCAACUUUUUCCAAUUGGGUUGCUUAGCCAUGAUGAACUCUGGGUUAAUAAACAAGUACAUCCUGUUUUAUGAGUACAGAAAUUAUACACAGCUCUAGCUUGCUUACAAUCCCCCUGCCAGGUAAGGGUCCACCCCUGUGAAGCAAUAAUGCUUUUGAAUGUAAGUAAAUUUUUCUCACUAUUGAAAAUUUGAUUUGUUACAAUAGGUCACAAUUCCAUCACACCUUAAAGUUCAGGUUACUUAUAUACCAUGUAACCAACUUUUUUUAUGCAGCAUCUUAGUUGCAAAAUUUGCAUUUGCCUGUGUGUGCCCACUCUUGGCUUACUUAACAUUUAGCCAAGGCAUUUAGUUACACUUUUCACAGUCAUGUAUGCCUUUCCAUAUCCCAAUUCAGGAAUGAUUAUGUACAAACAGUAGAACCCCUAAAACAAUAAUAAAAAUUCAUCAGAUCAUAAAUUCCUAGAACAUUGCAAUGUCUUGAAAUAUUUUUUGAAAAAAAUUCCCGUUAACUGCAUAGAAAAUGAAAUUGUAAUGCUGAUCUUUGUAAUGAUGAUUUUAUUGUUGUUUAUGGAGUUGCAUGGAUUAGAGAUGACAGACAUGUGUUAAAAUUAAAGAAAUUGUGGAAUGUGUACAUUUCAGAAUUUUGUGAUAUUUUCAAUUUGUUCAAAUUACUUAUAGAUAAUAUAAACUACCAAACAAAUCAAGUCCAGCCCGGAGAAACAAGUCAAAUUGCUGUGAUCCUUGAUAAACCAAUCCAGCAACUGCAAGUGCCCAACAUUAACCAGACUGAAGCAUCUGGACAUGAAACUUCCAGCCAGCUGGAACAGAUCAGGCAUGUCCAACCUGAUGACACUAUUGUAGAUAUGACUCAGCUGUCCCAGCAUGAACCAUCUAGCCAAAUAAUGCAAAACAAUCUGAGUCAAAUGGACAUGGAAGAACCACUUCCAUUACAAGAUAAUGAUUUUCCAAAUUAG